AUGGCUGAGGCGGCCCAGCCCAGUGGGGAAUCCCAAGGCGCAGAAGUUACGAUCCAGAUCCAGCAGCCGACAGAGAGAGCUCUGAGGACACAGGCCAGGCACAGCCCGCGGGUGCUCAGAGUGUCCCAGCUUCUGCUCAGGGCCAUCGCAGGCCACCGGCGGCUGACUCUGGCAGCACUCAAGAAGGAGCUGGGAAACGCCGGCUACGAAGUGCGCCGAAAGAUCAACCGCCACGCCGGGGAAUCCACUAGGGCCGAGAAGGGCACGCUCCUGCGGGUCAGUGGCAGCGAUGCAGCGGGUUACUUCAGGGUCUGGAAGGUUCCAAAGUCGAGGAGAAAGGUGGGACGGUCCCGGCUGUCGCUGGACCGCCGCUCUUCAAAGAAGACACUGCUCCGAUCCCUCAGACCCCGCAGGCCUCGUUCACGUCGCAAGGCAGCCAAGAAGGCCAGAGAAGUCUGGAGACGCAAUACUAGGGCUUCGAAGGCAAAGUCCAGGAGGGCCAGAUCAAGGGCAGGGUCAAGCGCCAGGUCAAGCGCCAGGUCAAGCGCCAGGUCAAGCGCCAGGUCAAGCGCCAGGUCAAGGACCAGGUCAAGGACCAGGUCAAGGACCAGGUCAAAGGCCACGGACCAGGUGUGCACCAGGGCCAAAGAACAGGCUUGUGCCAGGGCCAGGGAACAGGCUGGUGCCAGGACAAGGGCACAGGUGUGUGCCAAGGGCAAGGAGCAGGAGUGUGCCAAGGCUAGGGAACAGGUUGGUGUCAGGACAAGGGCACAGGUGUGUGCCAAGGGCAAGGAGCAGGAGUGUGCCAAGGCUAGGGAACAGGUUGGUGUCAGGACAAGGGCACAGGUGUGUGCCAAGGGCAAGGAGCAGGAGUGUGCCAAGGCCAGGGAACAAGCACAUACGGAAUCCAGGGUCAGGGCAAUGGAUAAUAGCAGAGUAUGUCCUUCAAGGGAAGACCCCAGGCCUCAAUCUAAAGAUGAGAAGAGGCCAAACACAAAAUCUAGGGACGAGAAGAGGCAGGAACCUGAGAGGCUGGUCAAACGAACCAUCCAGAAGCCAGCUGUGACCAAAGUUGACAAUGCUUCCAGUGGACAAGCAAAGGCACGCACAAAGUCUUCUAACAAAUGUGAAGGUCCUGGGUGCACAGGGAAUCCCUAA